AUGGCAGCGCCAGACCCGUAUAAAAUAGUGAUCGUCGGCGAUGGAUAUGUAGGCAAGACCUGCUUGCUACUCUCCCAUAUUACGAAUGAGUUUCCCGGCGGAUACGCGCCUACAAUUUUUGAGAAUUAUUCAUGCCAAAUCGAGGUGGACUUCAAAGAAUACACUCUAUUGUUGUGGGAUACGUCUGGGCAGGAGAUAUAUUCUUGCAUAAGAACCCUAUGCUAUCCGAAUACGAAAUGCUUCAUAGUAUGCUAUGCGAUCGAUAAUCGGCGUUCCUUUGAAAAUGUUAGACAUAAAUGGGUGCCAGAAAUACGCGAACUCACACAAUCUAAUAACGUCUCCAUCUUGGUAGUGGCUGCCAAGUCCGAUUUGCGCGCAAACAAUGCAACCGAGUGUGUUACCACAAUGGAAGGCAUAUCUCUAUGCAAGGAAAUAAAAGCUGAUUGCUUUGUCGAGUGUUCGGCACGGAGCAAAAGGAGUAACAGUGUGUUUGUUCAGGCUAUACGCAUUAUAAAGCGAAAAGAGUGCCGCAAGUCGUCUAGGUGCCAAAUACUCUAACAAUAAUACAUCGUUUGCGAGCUGCUAUGAAACAAAGGAAUGGUUUUACAUGUCCGUUUUAAGUUUUUUUUCGAAUGGUACCAUUAAAUUUCGUUAUAUUUUACAAA